UGGUCGUACCGAGUGGAUGCAUUGUGCUCUCGUGCGCUGUCAGCCGUAUUCCCCGUUUCGCUUCGCUGAAGUCAGCGUCGGGCUUGAAGUGUGUCUUGGGGGAGGCUUUAAGUAACCCGGCGGUUUGUGAUUGUGUUUGCUGGGGCUUCGGAAAAUCGAACGUAGUGGAACGCGCGUAGUGCAUAACACCUUGAAACCAAACAAAAAGCUUUGCUGAGUGAGGGUGGUGCUUUUGGGAAAAGUGCUGCCGAUGGUGCAAUCGUGAGUGUGACAGAAGCAAAACAAGAUAAAGUAAUACAAUUGGAAGGAGAGAAAAACGUGAAAAACAUAUUAUACUGGUGGUGAGGUGUGGUUACAAGUAAAAACAAAAACACGGUGCAGUGAUUGGAAUUGGAAGCGUGACUAAGAGCAGGUACGGUACAGCUGCAGGUCAACAUCCAAUCGUGAAAGUGAACACCCAAUCGAAGUACACCAAGUGUGCUCGGGAAGUGCAAAAGUGAAUAAACAGCACGUUCUUUUCGCGUCGGAACAGCUCUUGCAGCAAUAAACUGUGCAAACAACCUUGUUUGGCUUGCAGGUGCUUGGGAGCAGCAAAAUAAACCAAUAUUUGCCGGCGAUCUUCAACUGGCAAGCGGUACUUGGGGCGUGCGAACGACGAAAGUGUGGCGAUUGUGGACCACCACGGCGACACAACUAAUACCUUAAAACAACACAGACACAACCGAAUCGAUUUUCUGCGCCACUAUUCCACUGCCGUACAAAGCUGGUGAACGCUGAAGCUGGACCGACAAAUCUGUCCGCCUGAUGACAUGUUGGCGGACGAGCAUCACUGCCGCAGCCGAGGGCCGAUGCCGUUACCGUAACGUGCCGCGCUUGAUCCGUGCGCGAUUGUUUCGCUCGCCGGUGGUUGGGUGGAGCUGUGAAAAUUUCCACCGCGGUGGAAAGGCCUUCGUGAAAAGGCAGCGAGCGAGAGAGGACGUGAAACGUGCAGUGAUGCAAUAACUGUCCGCAAACUCGGUGUAUGUGUGUUAGCAUAACAGCGAAGGGGUCUUCUGCGAACCGUGAAUUUUCCCGUCCGUGAGAACCUUGGUGCGGAAAGUUUGCAGGAAAGGUGGCCCGAGAGGAUGUCGUUUAGUUUUUUGAACGGUGUGAUAUGCGUGAUCCAGUGAACGGUGUAACGGUGCAGAAACAGUUCAUAAGAUUUGAGUUUUAUUGACAUCAGUGAGUGAGUGCGUUCCGUGUUAACCUUCACCCGAUUGCAAGUCUAAACACACACACUCUUUCGGAUACGCCAUUCGGAUGUAACGCAUCGCAAGCGUUCCAGCUGAACGACACCCCGGGGACCGGAAUUCGAGUGAACAGAGUGCGAAAAAGAAAGAGCCGCGACAUCGAGUGACGGUUGCUGCGAGCAAAGAAACCAUUCCCAUCCGCUAAUGGCGGACAGUCGCGAAAGAAUCCGGGCCCCACCACGGGACGGGCGCGAAGGGUUCACCAGCCCGCGGCAGGUGCUCCGGCGGCUGAUGCUGCUGUCGGAGGGCAGACAGUACCGGGAGGCUGCCACCGUCGUCGGACGCCUCGGACCGUCCGUGCUGCGGUCGGUUGUGGCCGAGCUGCCGAUGGACAUCCUGAUCGAGGCGCUGCCUCACAGUACCUACCUGCUCGAGUCCUUCUUCAACCGACUAAAUGCCGUUGUGGCCACCCCACGUCCGGACGUCCCGUGCGAGGCGAUCAUGUGGCAUCUGGUGAAGCUGUUCAGCAAUCCGCACGAGACGGGCCUGCGGCAGCGAUGCAUGAAGCUCGCCCAAGCCAUCGGUAUCUGGCAGCCGUCCCUCAGGGAGUCGCUGCUCGCCCGCCGCAAACAGCUCGACCAAGCCAUCCAAGGGUUGGGUGUGCACGGACUCACGGCAGAUCAGACCGGCAGUCUCAUCUCGCUGCACGUGGCGCUCAAGAAUGAGCUCCAGCGGCACAUCGACACGUACAAGGCGGCCAUCCACAAGCUGGAGGAGCUGAGUCCGGUUACCUCCCAUCAGGAUCCUGCCCAAUCGUCCCAUCAGCGCCUGCUGGCGAUCGGGUACGGGGACAUUCAGCAGCGCCUGAUCGACAACAAAACGUUGCUAACGAUGUUAGACAAACCGGCGCUCAAGCAGCUGGCCCAGCUGGUGGAGAACCUGUCGCAGCGGGUACAGAACGACAAGGAGGUACUGUUUUGUGUGGGACAGAUCCGUCGCACUGAUGCGACGGCUAAUACCGAGGAACGACCGGCGGCCGGGUUGCUGAUGAACUACUCGCGAGGAUGUGACACGGUACUGGGACUGAUGGGACCGAUCGCCACACUGCCUCCGAGCAGUCCUACCAGCAAUGGAUGCAGCAGCGGUGGCAGUGAUGGCUACCAUUCCGAUUCUGACAUUGAUGAGACGAAUUCCGAGUUGGUACGACAGUACAGCGUGAUGUACAGCAAAAAUCGUAUCGACACACUGGACUCGCUGAACGCACUACCGCAGCUCAAGCACGCCCAUCAGCUCAAGGCAAAGAUACUGUUCUCCAUCAUCGUGCUUGCCUUCCGUGCCUGCCACGGCCUGAAAGAGCGCAAGGUGCUCGAGGUACGCCGCACACUGUUCGUGCUGGACGCAAACGACGAUUCGACGGCCACGCUCGAUCGGGCAGUGCGGCAGCAGCUGAAGGAGACGGCCGACCGCUUCCCGAUGGGUGACGUCGAGCGACAGGUCGCCAACCAGGUGCUGUCCACGCUGCACGAGUACCCCUGCCUGGAGGCUUGCAUACCGCUCAUCCACUACAUCAGCGACUGCGUGCGAUUAGCGUGGCGCAUGGUGAACCAAACCAACCCGUACUAUCUGGAUACGGACUUUACUCUCGGUCUUCUGCAACCGGAGAAGCACGAACGAUACCCGAUAUCCGAGAAGCGGUCCGACAUUAUCCGUGCGUUCUUGUGGCCAGCACUGAUGCAGAAUGGACACUGCGUGUACAAGGCGGUCGUCGCUACUUAACAUGCGCACACACACUAUGACCUUUAGGAUCAUGCACCAAUACCAACACACCAGCACGGACGCACACCUGUACAUAGAGAGAGCAAGAGUCCUUUUCUGGGUGUAUUUUUACUGUGGAAAUAAAAUUUUAUUUGUAUACUUUUUAA